AACACUCCUCUCUAUUAAAUGUGCCGAUCCAAACGUUGUAAUUCCGAAUCAUGGAAUUUUGGCGUUUCAUCUUGCGAUUGGCAACAAAUUGGAAGAGUUCGCACAAUGCGUUACCAAACUUUUCCUUCAUCAUGGAGGUAAUCCAAACGUUAGAUCUGUUGAUGGGAUGACACCCGUCUAUGUUGCCGCAGCUUGGGGAAGAGCUGGGGUGUUCAAGUUGUUGUUAGCACAUAGAGGUGUCCAUUAUGUUUGGAUGACAAAGGUCGCAGCUCGUUUCAUUACGCCUUUGAUGGUGCUUAUUACCACAUCAUUGCCAUACUUGGAAAUUACUGCACCAGUAACGACAUCACCAAGAUUGACAUGGAUGAGAGACCCAACUACAAAUUGACGCGAGAUUACAUUCUCGUUAAAGAGAGGAAUGUCAUCGCUGAGUAUAUGCUCUCGGAUAAUUUCCCCAAGAGCUUUGUAGAAUUGGAAACAAAGAACAGUGAAUCAAACAAAAAAAACCAAUGCUUCAUUUUCGGUGACGAUGAACAAUCAGUUUCCAGAUCAUUUGAAACUUUUAAUAGGCUCUACAAUAAUGUGACCAUCCGUCGCUGCCACAGAGGAAAAUCUAUUCCGCAAUUCCCUGUGAAUCUAAACAGCGAUCAAAACUUUGAUGAAGAGAAGCUUCUCAUUAGUAAUAUCAUUGACGGAUUCUCGAACGGACUUGCGAUCAAAACGGGGUCCGCGUAUGACGGAAACACCUAUAUUAGAAAAAGAAUUUUGAAAAGCGGUAAUAAUACCGUAAGUACGAAAAAAACGCCGCGUCACAAAAAAGAUGGCCACAUUUUGAUAAUUAGCAAAUCACCAAAUUAAAAUAUUUUUACCAUUAACGAUAAACCGUCGAACACAAAGAAUUCAAUGACCAAUGCGCCAUUGAAUUUAAUGAGAAAUUACUCCAUUCGGACAAUGAAUAUUCAGCCAAAAAUGAUAGUUAGAUCCGCGGAAUACACAAAAAACAAUGAAAAGUAAUGCUGGUUCUACGAGAAGCAGAGCACUUACGCAUCUUUUUCUUCAAGAAUCAUUCCAGAUAUUAGAUAAAAAAUGUUCAUCAAGUAUGCAAGGGGAACAAAAGGCAAAGCUUCAAAUAUCUAACAGAUUUCCUGACACGGCAAUGAAUUUACGUUCACCGGAUACAGAUUUCUUACAGGAAUGUAGAGCCAUCAACAAAAAUAAGGCCAAACAUCUUUCUAUCAAGCUGGCGAAUCGAAUGUAUGAUGAAUAUCCUGAAAUUAGCUCUGAAGUUAAAAUGCAAAAUUCAUCCAUUCUAGAUAAUAAAGAAAACGAGAAUAAACAGUAUGGUCACCAAAAAUCAGAUGCAACAACUUACCAUGAAACAGAAUCGAUUUUUAUGUUGUAUAAAAACAAGGAAAAAAAUUAUGAUCUUUUAGAAAGUCCUGGAUCAUCAAAUCCAUUCAAGGUUUAUUUCCUCGAGCAAAAAUUUAAUCCAACUAUGAAUAAAAAUCAAGUUGCCAAACAGGCGAAAAUUUUACUAGAAAUUGAUAAAGCUCAUAAGGAUAGAAGUCCCACUUUGCCAGCUUCAAUUUCUUUCCUCGAAAACUCUGAAAAUCUUUACAUGACUAAAAUGUUUCAUUCGGAUGACAGCAACAACGAAUCGAGUUUGUGUUGGGUACCACACGAGGCUGAGCCGAGAGAAAUAAGUUUGUGGUCUCAUAGUAAAUCUUUUGUUAGCGUGGAUGAAGAAUACACUUACAAAGAUAAGGAAGAGGGGGUUGCAUUCAUCGAACGACAUCUCCGUGUCAAUUCCUCCAAGGAUGAACCGGUGUAAGAUCAGUGUAGAAUUCCACAUAGAACGAUGGCUUCGAAUGAUCAAUGGCCACCAGUGUCUUUAGCCACAUCAACAAAAAGCUCCGCAAAACCAAUGGACACAAAAGAUACAUCAAAGAGUCGCAACAAGAGAUUCUUAAGAAACUCAACGAAAUAUUUCAUUCGACCCUUGAAUCAGCAGUUAUUCUUUCUAUUGUUUAAAAUUGUAAAUUGGGAAUUACAACCAUCAAUCGAGGGUUUGAUAACGCUCAGCGAAACGGUGGACGAUCCACCAGCAAAGUCUCUUUAUCGAGCACCACGCUUUCGCAACGAGUCUCACAGGGUGCUGU